AUGACGAAAAAUGCCGCAAUAAACACUAUGAAUUACGUAAUCGACGUAAUCGAUACUCUGAGCAUGUCGACGUGCUCGAAUACACGGGCGAGCUCAUUGUCUGGAGGAGAACGGAAGCGACUCUGCAUCGCCGUAGAGCUGAUCAACAACCCGCCGAUCCUCUUCUUCGACGAACCGACGAGUGGUUUGGACAGCCAGACUUGCUUCCAGUUGCUUUCCUUGCUCUCGGCACUUGCAGCAGCGGGCAGGACCGUGAUUUGCACCAUUCAUCAACCGUCUAUGAAAAUUUUGGAAUUGUUCCAGCACCUGGUUGUGCUGGCAGAUGGAAGAUGCAUUUACCGAGGCGGGGUUCCACAGCUGAUCUCCUACAUGGCUCAAAAAGGCCUCUGUUGUCCCCCUUAUCACAAUCCAGCGGAUUUCAUUAUGGAGACUCUUCUGGGUGCGGACAAAGGACUCUUGGAUCGGCUCGUCAUGGGUGUGAACAACGGCAAGUCAGAGGAAUGGGACAGCGUUUUGGUUCAAGGGGCUCAGACACCGAGUUUUACGGCUAAUCAGAAAAGCCAGAGCGCGUACAAAAUUUCUUUCGAGGAAAAGACACAAGACACUCCGCAAGGUAAAGCAAUUCCCUGA